AUGAACUUUGGCGAGGCGUGGCGGGACCGGCUAGGGGCGUGCAGCAAAGAGACUUGUUUUGGGAAUUUGGAUUACUUCUAUGAGCAGGGCGGGAACUUCAUCGAUACGAUGAAGAGUCGGAGCAGUGGAUCUGGCAAGGGGCCCUUCUCCCGCGGCGUCCGCGACGACACGGUGCUGGCGACCAAAUUCCCAUCCGGGUACAAAAGAAACUUUGGCGGCAACGGCGCAAAGAGCCUACACCUCUCAGUCGAGGCGUCGGCCCUGCGCAAGCUCCAGAAGAACUACAUCGGCCCUGCUUGGGAACUGGCGACGACGGCCGGGGAGCUGAUGCAGAGCCUCAACGUGCUCGUGCAGGAGCGCAAGGUGCUGUACCUGGGAGUGUCGGACGUGUCGGCGUGGUGA